AACUUUGUGGCUUGUAGUCGUCCUUUUUCGUUCUGUUUGUUCCCGCGCGCGACCACUUUUGGGGUCAAAGGUGAAAUAUGGCCCGCGAGCAUGCGCAUAUAUUUCCCCAUUACGUGCCAAGCUACCAUUUUAGCCAUUGGCUGUGCUGGCAGUGUCUUUGUAGGUGUUGUGGUGGUGGAACUGGGCUGGUGCCGUGGCCGUCGCGUCUCUUGCCAAAGCCGGCGAAACAAUUACUGGGGUAAGGGAAAUACGACUUACGGGAGCAGCGAGAAACGGCCGAUCGCGGCGGGUUCCGUUUCGCGACUAGGCGCUACGCCACUUGCCAAGCUGCCAUUUUUUGUUCCGUUUUGUUCUCCCACCGCACAAACGCACAGGUCGACCGCGUUGACGGACGGACGGACGGACGACGAAAAAAUGGCGCAACGUCCCAGCGGCAGCGGCGUUGGCGCAGCGGGGGCCCAUCUGCACCAGGUUCUUCAUGACUGCAACCUCCUUGAGUACGAGCCGCUGCUCCUCGAAGAAGGUGCGGACGAUGUCUCUCAGCUGAAAGAGCUAGACGAAGAGGAGUUCAGACAGCUCUGUAUCAUGGUCGGCAUGGCCUCAAAACCGUUCCACGUGAAGAGACUCCAGAAGGCACUCGGACGCCCGUCUUCCCAGAUUUACUCUUCAAAACUGGCGGGUGCUUCAUCUGUCACACCUACUACUACAUCAUUGCAGCUCCAAACUAGCCACCCUCCGGGUAAUCACGGUGCAAUGAUGACAGGGAUUCGCACAUCAGCAUUGGUCUCAGGCGGCGUUCCUCAGUCCAUUUCCAAACUCCCACCUAAGGUACAGGCCCCGGCUUCGACUGCGGCUCUCCCAAGCCUAUUGGGAGGAGUCACCAGCUCUGCAAGACCAGGGGACCGUUACCACCAACUUCCCAAACAACAACACUUUGAAGUUGCCGGUGCUAAUAAUAACAGGAUGAGCAUCGCUACGCAUUCGGUCACUCCGGAAAAAGUUCACCUCGCAAGUGAAGUUUUAGCGACUACAUCGUCCUCUGUAACUCCCUACCAAACUGGAGCAGCAAGCUUCGUCUGGGCUCAACAGCCCUCCUCCUCUUUCGUCGAAACAGCUUUUCCUUCCUCCGUAUCUCCAGCCAGACUCUGAUGUGAGAGACCUGAGUUCACUGGUGGACGAAGUACUGACUCCCAUCCAGGCAGAACUCGGGCCCUGCCCGUUUAAACCGAGCGACUGGGACGAACGAAGGACGGAGUUUGUGCGACGGUAUUCGGCCAUCUACGGGCAAGGGAACAGCAAGAGAAAGAACGAGGAACUGUCGCUGCACGAACAGAACAUCAACAUGGCCGCAUUUCAGCUGUGUCUUCGUGACCCCACGCUCCUUGUGCGUCGCGACGAGUUACUGGUGCUCAGUCGCAAAGCCAUCAAAGACGGCGGGUACUCAUUUCAACACGGCCUCUCGAAAGCCAAAAUUCCGUCGUCUGAGCAUCUCCUUCCUGUCCCCUCCAUCAGCGUUGUCCGUAAUCAACCACUGGAGGAGAUACCUGCUCUCGAUGAAGGGAGCUCUGGGUUUUCCACGGGAGGUCUACCCGGAAACCUCUUACCUCCUCCUCGUAACAUGUCCCGCGAAAAGAAACUGAAGAGAAUCGAAGAACUGGAGUUUCUCAUCACCAAGAACAAGAUGAAGCAGUCUGUGAAGCUCGCGGCACUGGAAAAGGCGCGGCAGACAAACGACUUCAGCAUGAGCCACCAUCUCCAGGCGGAGAUCGAGAGUCUGGGGAACACUCUCGCAAAUCUUCAGGACGAGUACUCCAACAUGAAGUACCGACUUCGCCGCUCGGACAGGUAUUUUGAGAAGAAGAGGAAGAUGGAGGAGAUGAUGGAUGCCGAAAUGAUCCGCACUGCCCAGCAACACCCCUCGCCCACUGCAGAGGCCGCUGCUAAGCGUGUUAGACCAGAUUUCACUUCCGGCAGCGAAAUGUCGAGCGAGGGACAAGGUCCAGUGGCAUAUUACACGGCACCUCAGGCUGAUAAGAGGCUGUGCGUGGAAAAGCCACGUCCAUCAGCUCUACCAGCAGACUAUUCAUCUCAUCACUCAACUGGCAGUAGUGGCGGGGUAACGGCCAAUACAACAGUGUCUUUCUCCAGAUCCUACUUUCAGGUCACUCCGGCUGAUUCCGUCUCUCCCUCCUCCUCCCCUCACACCUCACCCUCUCCCAACGACACAGAACCCACUUACAUAAAUACUUCCAUGGCUC